AUGCCAAUAGAAGUGCUGACGUCAGCAACUAUAUCGCUUAUUUCCGCCUAUCAAAUCAUUCCGGAUCCAUUUGUGUUAAUUAAAGAACUAAUCGAGAAUAGUAUUGAUUCAGGAGCAAAAACCAUUAAAGUGGCUAUUCAUGGCGAUCUGGACAGCUUAGUAUUUAGUGUACAAGAUAACGGACAAGGCAUUGAUAUCAACCGUAACUUCUUGGUGGCUGGUGGUACUUCUAAACUAGAAGGAGAUACUUAUGGUUGUAAGGGCAUUGCAUUGCACUCCCUUAUUCAGAUUGCUGAUCUUAGCAUUAACUCUCGGUUGGCUACUAGUCCUACCUCAAUCGAAAUCAAAACCAAACAUGGCCAAAUUGAACAAAAACAAUCAUAUCGGCCUGAAGUUGGCACCACUAUUAAAGUAUCUAACUUUCUCAAACAGUCACCAGUUCGGCAUGCUUAUAUCGCCAAAAACCUACAGACAUAUAUCAAAAGUCUGGUGCAUGUGGUUAAAAAGUACGUGGUGGUACAUCAGGUUAAAAUCACCUUAGAAAGAAACAAUCGAGUCUUAUUUGUUUGUAAUAACCCAGAUCCUACUUCUUUUAUCAAGCGAGUUGCAGCUGUAUCUGAUAUUACUGAGGGAUAUGGACUUUUCCAAGUCUCGUGGCCAGAAUUUCUUAUGGAAGGUCUUCUAGUGCCAGGCCCACUAGGGGCAGAGGGUAUAAUUCAUUCACAGGGCAAGAUUCUUGAAAGUGCUAAAGUACAACUACCUUUGGCCGCACUCAGUAAACAUCUGCAACAAAGGAUUGUUUACCACCUACAACUGCAUUUACAGCACCCAGAUGCAAUCAAUCCGCAUUUAAAUAUCGGGACUAGAAGCAGCAAGCACCACCGGCUCAUCUACAAAGAGCCCUAUAUCAUCAAAUUACUUGAAGAUAUCAAAAACCAUCCAGCCAUUCAAACUUAUCUUCUUUCAUCGCACAAAUCAAAACCCAUCAAGACUUUCUUCCCUACUCCCGACCAACCAAACUAUACAUUUGUUAUCCAGACCGAUCCAUCCCCUACCAACCCCAGUACCUCCCCAUCUUGCAGUUCACCAUCUCAACCAUUAACUUCCAAUACCAAUACCAAUCUCAGCACUAAUACCAAUACCAAGACCAAUCCCAAUCCCAAUCCCAACCCCAGUCCUAAUCCUAAUACCAAUACCAACACCAAUCUCCAUACCAAUCCAAUCCCAACCCAAGACUUCAAUCUAACCCCGCUCCCCUCUCAACUAAACUCAAUGCCUACCCAAACCACUACCUUUCAACCGACUAAUCCCAUACUAACCCAAGACAUAUUUGACGCCCAACCAGUAGCCUAUACCAUUGAUAGCCAGGAAAACUUCUCAACUACCAACUACCAAGAAGGACUUGUACUGCAAAAAGACGAUUUGGCCCAUUUAAACCUAGUAGGCCAAUUCAAUAACGGGUUCAUCAUUGUUACUCUAAAGAAGAACGACAAAACCCAUUUAUACGCUAUUGACCAACAUUCAGCCGACGAAGCUGUUAAGUACGAACGCCUUAAAACCACCUACACCCACCCCAAGCAGAAUCUAGUUAAAGAAAUCCCGCUUUCCUUGACUGAUUACGAGAAGUACCUUAUUGAAGAGCACCAAGAUACCCUUGCCCAGAAUGGAUUUGUCUUCUCAUCAGACAAAACCGCUCUUAUUCAGGUUCCCAUGUACAGUACUACCGUCUUUGGCGAAGCCGAGCUCAAAGAAACCCUUGAUAUUCUGCGUGAUACGCCCAAAACCAAAGUCAUCUUCACAUCCUUAAGAAAGAUCUUCGCCAGCAAAGCCUGUCGCACGAGCAUUAUGAUUGGUGAUUCCCUUACCAGGCAACAAAUGCAAACCAUCAUCCAAAAUCUUGCCCAUACAACUCGACCCUGGAACUGUCCCCACGGCCGGCCAACCAUCGUCCUUCUCCAAACAACCCCCCAAAAGCCCACUACAUCAGUACCCAGUCCCUCUACACCAAUAACUCCAGCAUAA